AUGGAGGCGGCAGCGCCGCCGUACAGAGCUGGACGGAUAUUUGACAAAAAAAUGAGGACGGCAGAGGGCGAACGCGGAAGGCGGACGACAGAGGCGGAGGCGGAGGUGGAGGGCGGACUUAUGCAUCGUGAUUCCGCCGUUCUAAAUGCUUUCUUAACCGACUCUGAUUCAGAUGAUCUUGAAAUGCUCUUAGAAGCAAUGGAAGAGGAGGAAGUUGAGAGAGAAAAACAAUGCAAGCGUCGCCGUGGUUCAGUUCCGGGUAGAAGGGUUAUUCAUCGCAACAGAGUUGAAGGUUAUAAUAGACUUUAUCGUGAUUAUUUCGCUGAUAAUCCUGUAUAUCAUGAUGUUUAUUUCAGGAGAAGGUUUCGUAUGCACAAACCUCUAUUUUGUAGAAUUAUUUCUAAUGUCGAAGCAUACGAUCACUAUUUCGUCCAAAGAAAUAAUGCAGGAGAGGUCCCUGGUUUAUCAAGUCUUCAAAAAGUAAUUGCUGCAUAUAGAAUACUUGCUUAUGGAGUUCCUGCUGAUAUACUGGAUGACAACAUACGCAUAGGAGAAAGCACUGCUAUUGAGAGUUUACACCAUUUUGUAAAAGCAAUUGUUGCCGUUUUUGGUGAACAAUAUUUAAGAGCACCAAAUGCGGUCGAUCUGUCCCGGCUGCUCCAAUUCAACGAGCAACGUGGAUUUCCAGGAAUGAUUGGAAGUAUCGAUUGUAUGCAUUGGGAAUGGAAAAAUUGUCCAACCGCAUGGCAAGAUAUGUACUCGGGUCAUUUUCGUACACCAACCAUUAUAUUAGAGGCGGUUGCAUCACACAAUCUUUGGAUAUGA